UACGUCUGAGAGCAGACGUAUUGGAAGCUGUCAGGGAGGAACCAUGGCUACCAUCUCUGAACCGGACCCUGGACUCUCUGAGGAACCUGAGGACACGUCUUUGGACCGCAGGAAGAGAAGAUUUGCUGGUAGAGCAAAGAAGAAGGCUAAGUCCAGACGCCGUGGAAGCCGUCAGAGAGUAACAAUGGUCACCAUCUCUGAACCGGACCCUGGGCUCUCUGAGGACCCUGAGGACACGUCUUUGGACCGGGAGGAGACCAGGAAGAGAAGAUUUGCUCUAUGGUUUCACAUCACUGUCAUUGUGAGCAUCGGACUGCUGAGUAUUCUCCUCAUCUCCCUGCGCUUCAACUCACCGUCACCCUGGAUAGAGGGGAGAGAGCACUUACUGGAUGAACUCGAUGAAUUGACACUUCAGGGCUGGAUGCUUCACGACAAGAGUCUCUACCUUAUUUCUACUGCUAAGAAGGGCUGGAGGGCCAGUAGAGAAGACUGUCUGAAGAGAAAGGCAGACCUGGUGGUCAUCAACAGCAGAGAAGAACUGGCGUUUGUCAGCAGAUUGAUGGGUUCUUCCUGGAUUGGACUGAGUGAUCGAGAGAAAGAGGGGACCCUCAAGUGGGUUGAUGGUUCCCCCAUGACCUCAAGGUAA